CUGAUCAGGUGACGGUCACGUGGUUUCAGUCAGCUGAUGCUAACGCUAACCAGCCGGACGGACGGUUCUCCUGCGACAGAGACGGAGCUGACGGCCAGACAGGAUGCCUUUCUCCGAGCUGUACUUCAACGUCGACAACGGCUACCUGGAGGGGCUAGUCAGGGGCUUCAAAGCUGGAAUACUGUCCCAGGCGGAUUAUUUAAACCUCGUUCAGUGCGAGACCCUGGAAGAUCUGAAGCUCCACCUGCAGAGCACAGACUAUGGCAGCUUCCUGGCAAACGAGGCGUCGCCUCUCACCGUGUCCGUCAUUGAUGACAAGCUGAAGGAGAAGAUGGUGGUGGAGUUUCGCCACAUGAGGAACCAGUCGUAUGAGCCGCUGGCCAGCUUCAUGGACUUCAUCACGUACAGCUAUAUGAUCGAUAACGUCAUCCUGCUGAUCACGGGCACACUGCACCAGCGGGCCAUCUCCGAGCUGGUGCCCAAGUGUCACCCGCUGGGCAGCUUCGAGCAGAUGGAGGCGGUAAACAUCGCCCAAACCCCCGCCGAGCUGUACAACGCCAUCCUGGUGGACACACCCCUGGCGGCGUUCUUCCAGGACUGUAUAUCUGAACAGGACUUGGACGAGAUGAACAUUGAAAUCAUUCGUAACACCCUUUACAAGGCUUAUCUGGAGGCUUUCUAUAAGUUCUGCUCCAACCUUGGAGGAACCACGGCCGACACCAUGUGUCCUAUUCUGGAGUUCGAGGCCGACAGGAGAGCCUUCAUCAUCACCAUCAACUCCUUCGGCACAGAACUGUCCAAGGAGGACCGCGCCAAGCUCUUCCCCCACUGCGGCAAGCUUUACCCAGAAGGCCUCGCUCAGCUGGCCCGGGCAGACGACUACGAGCAGGUCAAGACCGUCGCCGAUUUCUAUCCCGAGUACAAGCUGCUGUUUGAGGGCGCCGGGAGCAACCCGGGAGACAAAACCCUGGAGGAUCGCUUCUUUGAGCACGAGGUGAAGUUGAACAAGCUGGCCUUCCUCAAUCAGUUUCACUUCAGUGUUUUCUACGCCUACGUCAAGCUGAAGGAGCAGGAGUGCAGGAACAUCGUCUGGAUCGCCGAGUGCAUCGCCCAGCGGCAUCGCGCCAAGAUCGACAACUACAUUCCUAUCUUUUAACCCUACUCUUCCUCCCUCUCGCCGUCCUCUUUUUCUUUCCCAUCGUCAUUUCAUUCAGUCUUAUGUCUUGAACGGUGUCUCCAGUCACAGCUCGGUGUUAAAGAUUCUGACGGUUUGAUGCAAAAUUUUCUCCAUCCUUCCCUCGUAGGUGUGAAUUGCUUCUUGACACCCAAGUCUCUUGUUGUAAUGUUAUUUCCGGUCAGGCAAAUUAAUGCUUACAAAGUAAAACACAUAUUCAACUUCAAUACAAAGUUUUUAACAGGAGGAGAAUCACAUAAGCCUUGUCCAGCAGAGGUGGUUGCUGCUUUUUUUUUUUGUUUCUGUUUUUUUUAAUGAGCUCACAACGAAAAGAAGGCGAUUCAUUUGACUUUCAAACACUUCCUUCUGAUUGUCCAGACUUUAUGACGCUCAGCGUGUUGUUUUUGGCGGCACGCCGUGUCUGUCUGACACAUCAGCUGGUAAAAUAAACCAGAACAAGAAUUUGCAGUUUACUAGGUCCAGACAGAAAACCCAUGGAAGAGGUGAAACUUGAUUUAUUUUUCCCCAGAACUCCCAGCACAACAAACACCAACCAGCUUUCUAACAUGAUGUUGAUAUUCAGGCACGUGGAACAACUAAAGGUGCAGUAAACUUUAUGUUUUGGAUGAAUCACCUACCAAAAUCAGUAAAAAGACAAGCUCACAUCCUCUGACCUUCAGCCUGUCCAGCUCAAAGCGGAGAUGAAAACAUUUCUCUUCUCAGCGUCAGCCACCACCAGGUUCUAUAUAACCUGUAUUUACUUCUGUUGUAGUGCUAGGUUUUGUCAGCAUGUCUGGUCAUUACUGUGGUUUUCCCCCAAAACUAACAAAGUGAAAUGUGCGAGGCCCGCCUGAUUUGCUGUCUUAACUAGAUUGUUGUUAGAUAUUAAAAAUACAACAACUGAACAGGAGCUUCCAGUCCUCACCGUCCCUGUUCCCAUGUGUGAAGUGUCUUGUUAAUGAACGUACUGGAAUGAGGCAAAAUCUUGUGAGUAUAUGACGGAAGUAAUGUUUAAAAUAUAGAAAGAUAAAUAGAUAUUUAAAGAAGACAAUAUGACUUUGUUUUCUCAUGCUGUAAAAAUUGAUUUAUUGCUGUUUUGUUCUGUUUCUUACUUGUGAAAUGUGUAUUGUAAAUGUGAUUAAAAAUAAACAGACUAAACUGCACUAACGCAGGUCUGGAGAAAUG